AUGAGAGGACCACUGAAAUAUUUAGCUGCCUAUGGUGUCGCUGUGAAUGCAGGUGCUGCAGGUCUUUUCUAUUACGAUAAACAACAAGCUAUUUUACAUAAAUGGCGUGUUAGAGAGUCAACCUUACAACUUACCGCUCUUGCUGGUGGUUGGAUCGGUGGUAUGUGGGCAAUGCAACAAUUUAAACAUAAGAGAGCAAAACAAUCUUUUAAAAAUGUAUAUUUUGCAGCAGUAGGUGGUAAUGUUGGUAUAAUAGCACUUGGUACAUUCCUAUUCUUUAAGAAACCACAUCUUCUCCCUGCUAUACUCAGACCUAAUCAACAACAGAUCAAUCAAUUCAACAAUACAAUGAAACAAACAUUUAAUAACAAUGUUCAACAACAACAUCAACAACAAAAACAAUAUCAUCAACAUAGUCAACAACAACAAACAACAUUUAAUCAAAACAGACAUAACAAUAAUAAUCAUAACAUUAAUAAUAAUAAAAAUAAUAUAAUGUUAGAAGAUAAAGAAUAA